AUGCCUAUGUGCACUUCCCGCAACGCACGCAAGUACGAGUGCAGCAAUCUGUGGCAUGAUGUGGGAAUAUGGCUUGUCACGGCAGGACUUGUGACCCUCGCUAUCAGCGUCUUGCUUUGUUGCUGCAUUGCACAUCGAAGAAAAAAGGCAAGAAAGCCGCCCAUCUGGGGUACUGCCUGGGCCACCAAGGUGUCGACGAAGCAACCUCAGGUCGAGCGUGCUAAACCAACCACCGCCGAACCCCGAGUCGGGUCUGCCUGA